CAUACACAUCCCCACCCGCCCUCAUUUGCCGCACCAUGGCAUCCUCUUCGCAGGCGCUCGUCAAGCUCGACUUCAAGGAGUCUCUCAUCCAGCAGGGCAAACGCGAGACUACGGAUACCCUACUCAAAAGAUUGAAGACUUUGAGGCAGAAGCUGUCUGUCCUUGAGCAGGAUGCCACCGACACGAAGACCCUGGAUCCUGUGAGGAAGCCGCUCAUCCAUCAAACGAUAUUACAUCACAAAGAUCGAGGAGUGCGAGCGUACGCUGCUUGCUGCCUGGCCGACUUGCUGAAAUUAUACGCACCGGAUGCGCCUUACAGCGAUGUCCAGCUCCGGGACAUCUUUCAAUUCUUCCAUACUCAAAUCACCCAGAACCUUCGCCCCACCACUUCUCAUGCGCGCCCGCAAGGAAAGAACAAAGCCCCCGACGCGUCACAGACUACGCUCAACCAGCGAAUCACCGACAUUCCCUACUAUCCCGAUUAUUAUUACCUCAUCGAAAGUCUCGCGACGAUCAAGAGUAUCGUCUUGAUCUGUGAUGUCCCUGGAGCGGAGGAACUCAUGGAUGGUUUCUUCAGCGGCUUCAUCGAGAUCGCGAGACCGGAUAUGAGCAAGACGCUUAUGAGAUACAUGCGGGAUGUGCUGGUGUCGAUCAUCGAAGAAGCGAGUACGCUCCCGCAAGGGGUGAUGGACAGCAUCAUCAACGAAUUUGUGCAGCACUCUUCUAAACCAGAGACGCCCUCGUUCCAGCUUAUUGUCGACGUCUGCAACGAAGUUGCCGACAAGCUCAAGCAUCCCUUCUACGCCCACUUCUCCCAGAUUCAGCUCGACCAUGGCGUUGACCCCAGCCCCAACGACCUCAAGAUUCUCUCUCAAUCCCACGACCUUCUCCUCACCAUCAAUCGCUUCUGUCCUGAUACUCUCUUGCUAGCCGUCCCGCGUUUGGAGGAAAACCUGCAGGCGGCGGAUGAAGUCCCUCUUCGUUCGCUAUCAACUCGAACAUUGGGCCACUUGUUUGCGCAACGAGCAGGGGCUGGUGGAGCUGGUACAAGUGGUGAUGACAAUCCGGCGAAGAAGUAUCCUUCGACAUGGAGGGCGUGGCUUACGAAGCAAGUGGACAAGGCAGUGCCUGUCAGGCUGGCUUGGGUGGAGACGACGAGGGGUAUCUUAGUAAAUCACCCGGCUGUCAGGCAGCAGCUGGAGGAGGCUAUGGUCGGUCGUCUGGCAGAUCCCGAUGAGAAAGUUAGGGGAACCAUGAGCAGAGUGUUGGGUUCGUUAGACUAUGAGACAGCUCUUCACCAUGUUCAGACCAAGACGCUUCGAGCUCUGGGUGAUCGUAUACUCGACAAGAAGUCAUCAGUGCGAAGCGAAGCGUUGAACGCGUUGGCCAAAUUGUGGGAAUCAGCGUUCUCCGAGAUUGAGGCUGGUGACGAUGGGGCGAUCAAGCAGUUCGGGUGGAUUCCUCAAGCCAUUAUCGCUGCUAUCCUCAAGGGCGAACUUCCCAUGGACAUGAGGGCGCAAAUCAUCAGUGUCUUCAAAAAAUCCAUCCUCCCCCUGCCGGCGGACGGGGACGACGACGAAGAUUGGGUGGACAAGUUCUUGCUGGUCGCAUCUACAUUGGACGAGCAGGCACAGAACGGUUUGGUCAAUCUGACAAACCUCAGAGGCAUCGCUGAAGGCACAUAUCCCUUCGCUGCUUUUGCCGAGUUCUGUGAAAAGUAUCAGGGUGGUAUGAGUGACAGUCCGAUCGAUCUCAAACCUCAAAUGAACUAUCUUGUACAAGCUGUUUCCACCAAAGUCUUUGGUGACUCACAACAGGCUAGAAAACAUAUACAAGCCUUUGUCGAUCUGAAUGAGCCCAGGCUUUACAAGCUCUACAGGACAUGUGUCGACUUUUCCUCUAGUCUCGCUACCAUCAUCAAAGCUCGUAAUGAGUUCUUACGUCGAGUCCACCAAUCUCACGAAGACCUCCUCCCGGUUCUCACCGUGUUACUCGACAACUCUGCAUUCGAUCUCAUCAACCACUCCAGCAUUCACACCUUACUCAAGCGUCUGCAAAAGCCGGAUUCCGCCAAGCGUGCGGCUACAGCUUCUCGUUUCCUUGUGGUCAUCGCAAAGGAAUGCGCGCCAAUGUACAAGACGCAUGUGGCGGAACUUGUUGCGUGUAUAUCGGACAAGAAGAACACGAAAUUGGUAGAGGUGGCAUUGCAAGGGCUGGCUGCUGUAAGCAAGGUUUGCCCGGAUGUGGCACCUAAUGAGAGUCGACUUAUCGAGAGGGUCAUCAAACUUGGUUAUGAGGGCACCUAUCGACAGGGAAAGUUCGCAGCCCGUUUCCUCGGCAAGAUUCAGAACUCUGACCUCAACUGUGGCAAAUUGAUCGACGCCAUCUUGAAAGCCAUCGACUAUACGGAGGAAGGGGCGUAUGAAAAACACCUGACCUAUCUUACCGCCUUCACCGAACUUGCUCGAGCGUCUCCCAAGACUUUCACCGCCAAGGUCAAAGAAAUUAUCAAGUAUGUCUUGGACGAGAUAAUGCUCCAACCGUCCCCGUCACAAGGCGUGGAUGGAGAUGAGUGGGUGAACAUCGACGAGUUGGAGUCCCUCGACCACGCAAAGAUCAUCGGCCUGCGACUCUUCACAAGCUACUGCCUGACAUUCGUCAAGGAUCCAGAGGCCGAAGAGCUGCUCAAACCGGCACUCAAUUUGUUGACAUCGGUCCUGGGUAAUGACGGUAUGGUCGACCAGAAUACUGCAGAAGGUGGCCCAGCGAGGUGUCACAUGCGUUUGCGAGCUGCGCUCUGCCUUCACAAACUGGCCCAAGCACCAAGAUUCGAAAAGAUCAUCACUGCCCCUGACAACUUUGAGCUUAUCGGUGGUUGUGUCCAGGAUCCUUGCUUCAUGGUUCGAAACAUAUGGUUGAAAAAAAUACAAAAGAACCUGAAGUACCAGACUAUCUCUCCCAAAUGGAAUAUCAUCCCGGCAUUGGCAGCCAUGGAUCCUGAUCAAGACAACAUCAUCAUCGCGAAGUCUAUACUUACGAACAUACCCCGACGCUGUAAACAGAAACCUGCCGAUGUUCGGAUACAACAUAUCGAACUUCCUUUCUCUCGACUGAUACUCCACCUCGCUCAUCAUCCGGACCUGAGAUGGCACGAAGCCGACGAGGAUGAAGAAGACAACGAGGACGAUGAAGACGACGAUGGAGCGGAAAAGAAGCCAAAAGUCAAGGAAGGCAUUACUGAUAUCCAGAAUUUGAAAGAAAUUGCUAGGUGCGCUACCUCUGUAGCCAUCAUUUCAAACUGACCAAGCUCCUCAGGUUUAUCGAACUUUACCUCGACUGCCUAUCGCACAAAGACAACAUCGGUCUCUUCUAUUACAUCGCCGGGCAAAUCAAAUCCUUCCGCGAUAGAUAUCGAGAAAACAACAAACCUCUCUAUGCCCUUUCCGAGCUUGCGCAACUAAUCAUUCGUAAUCGGGCCGAGAAACAUCAAUGGCCCUUACAGGUCUACAACAACCGGAUCGCGCUGCCCAAGGACUUGUUCCAUAGGCCGGAUAACCCAGAAGAGAGAGCCAAAACACAAAAGACGCAGUUCUUGAGCGAGGAGGCGAGAGCCUGGGCGAAGUCGCUCGGAAAAAGGGCUAUCGGAGGGCUGAACAUUCGUCGACCAACCGACCCGAACUCAUCCCCUCGCAAACGGCACCAGACCGCUCGAAAAGUUGGGGCCCCUCGCAAGAAGCGGCGUGUCGACACAUCUGAUGAAGACUCGGACGGCUCGUCCAGUGCCUCAGAGUCCGAUGUAGAGACCAUUGUUGGCGACGUUGCCGAGGAGUCUGGUGACGAUGAGGGUGACGAGGCCGUGAUGGGUCGCGGGGGCCGGAGGGGAGCGAAGACGAAAGCGAAAAAGAUUGUCAAUAAAAAGAAGAACAAGGCGGGGAAGAAGUCUGAAGGGGCAAACGCGAAGAGCGACCAGAUGGACGUUGAUGGCUCAUCGUAGGAGGAUUAGCGACAUCUUGCUGGCAUGGUCGUGCGCUUUGACGUCGUAAUUAUUUUCUUACUUUUGCGGAUUUCGGGCUCUAUAUACGCUCCAUCAAUACUUUGAUUGCUAUUAUAUGUAUGGUUACUCCUGAUGAUCCAGG